CGCGCGCUCAGUACACAAGUACCGACUGAGCGAAGUGGUUGUUUCCUUGCGCUCCGUUCGUCAGCCGUUCCACGUUUCGCUGGCCCGUCCUCCGUGUGUUUGCUAUUCCGCGGUUCCACGCGCGACUUCAGUUAUCACCAGACUUCCCCAGUGGUGGCCCCGAACCAAUAGGCCGUCAGUGUAGUGCUCGGAUUUCACCCUUUCUCGAUAGAAACUCACCCGCGUUUGUUUACGUCCAGUGCAGCAAAGGGAAACCAGUAAUAAAGGCCUGCGUGGAGAAAUUGCCCAUCGCCGAAGGCUCUCGAUACGCACACCGGACGCAACUACUGAUAACUCCAACUGGAUAGUUGGAACGCCUCUCGUGUCGUAAGCUCGGACUGUAAACCAACACACGCGAGAGAGAGAGAGAGAGAGGCUACAUUAGUUAUCAUCGCCGUGGGGCCCGGUAGUGGUUUGUUGAUCGCGGGUUCAGAGCUGUUGCUGUUGUGAGUCACAUUUUACAGUGACGAGUGCGUCUCGUGAAGUGUGCCGUCCGAAGAACACAUAAAAAAGGCUCACGAAAAUGUCCGUCACCUGGGGCUACACUCAGCAGAAUGGACCGCAGAAAUGGCCGGAAAUGUUCCCGCAGGCUCGGGGCCAGCGCCAAUCGCCGGUCGAUAUUGUCACCUCCAAAACGCAGCACUCCGGCGAUCUGCAGCAGACUCCGUUGCGGUGGAAGUAUGUCCCGGAAAACACGCGCAGUCUGGUGAAUCCCGGUUACUGCUGGCGGGUGGACGUCAAUGGCAAAGGCUCACUACUGACCGGAGGGCCCCUGCACGGCGAGCAGUUCAUACUGGAGCAGUUCCACUGCCACUGGGGCUGCUCGGAUUCGCGCGGUUCCGAGCACACCGUCGACGGGGAAUCGUUCGCCGGCGAGCUGCAUCUCGUCCACUGGAACCAGAGCAAAUACAAAAGCUUCGCCGAGGCCGCCGGUCACCCGGACGGGUUGGCCGUGUUGGGUGUGUUUCUGAAGGUUGGCAAGCCGCAUCCGGAGCUGGACAUCAUCGCGCGUCUGCUUCCGUUCAUCACCCACAAGGGCGAUCGCGUGACUCUAACCCAACCGCUCGACCCGGCCCGUCUGCUGCCGCAGGGUAAGGCUUACUGGACGUAUCUGGGGUCGCUCACUACGCCACCGUGCUCGGAAUCGGUCACCUGGAUUCUGUUCAAGGAACCGAUCGAAGUGUCACACGAGCAGCUGGAGCUGUUCCGCGAGAUGCGAUGCUACGAUGCUGCCGAAGAGUGCCCGUGCGACGCCACCAUCAACAAGCAGUUCGAUUACGGAAAGGUGAUCAACAACUUCCGUCCCCCACUGGAGCUCGGCAAUCGGCCACUGCGUGAAGUGGGCAGCCAUUAAACGCAGGCAACGCGACCCAGUGGAAACGGACAGACCCC